AUGUGGAACAAAGCCAUCGAACUUCAACCAGGAAACUCUGACACGCAAAAGGAAUGCGCGUGCAGAUAUCGCGCGGAGAACGCCGCAGCUCCGGCCGGUGGCCCGACGGUGGCACGGAGGGGACCGUUUAUGGUCCUGUCUGGAGGCCUGUCUUACGACACAGUGGGGAGGAGAGCCUGUCUGACCGUGAUGCAUGGAAAGAGCACUGCCGUCCUGGAGAUGGACUACCCCAUCGUAGAUUUCCUAACGCUGUGUGGAAACUCCGUAUCCAAACGGUUGGCCGCGACCACGCCUCCGUGGUGGACGAUGGUACCGAUAUUUGAGAAUCCGUAUCCUCUGACUAUCCACGAGUCGCCGGUGACCUGCUGCGAGUACUUCGCCGACUGCCCUGCUGAACUUAUCCCUGCACUUUACUCCGUCGGCAGCCGGCAAAAGAGACAAGGCUACAGCAAGAAGGAGUGCCCGUCAGUGGCGGAAACUGGGGCCAGGCACUCAGAGUUACCCAGAGAUCAUAGUCCACCGGGAGGGGAGCCAGACCCCACACCGCCCACCCCGGAGUUCCUCGAGCCCUCAGGAGAGCGAUCUCUCCCUCAGCCAUCCACAGGCAGCAUCUCCUCCGACGGACCCCGGGACAACAACACCGUGCGUCAUGGCUUCCCAUAUCAACCAUCCUCCAUGGCUUUUGACCCCGUGCAGAAAAUCUUGGCUGUCGGGACUCAGGCUGGAGCUUUGAGGCUCUUCGGCCGUGCGGGCGUGGAGUGCUACUGUCAGCACGAGAGCGGGGCGGCCGUCAUCCAGCUUCAGUUCCUGAUCAACGAGGGGGCGCUGGUGAGUGCCUUAGCUGACGACAGCAUCCACCUGUGGAACCUGAGGCAAAAAAUCCCCGCCAUCCUGCAUUCUCUCAAGUUUAACAGGGAGAGAAUCACAUACUGCCACCUGCCCUUCCAGAGCAAAUGGCUUUACAUCGGCACGGAAAGAGGAAACAUCCACAUCGUCAACGUGGAGUCCUUCACUCUCUCAGGCUACGUCAUCAUGUGGAACAAAGCCAUCGAACUAUCCACCAAGACACACCCAGGGCCCGUCGUGCACAUCAGCGAUAACCCCAUGGACGAAGGAAAGCUUCUGAUUGGCUUCGAGUGCGGCGUGGUGGUGUUGUGGGAUUUGAAGUGCAAAAAGGCUGACUACCGCUACAAUUACGAUGAGGCGAUCCACUCGGUGGCCUGGCAUCACGAGGGUAAACAGUUUGUUUGCAGUCACUCUGAUGGCACUCUGACCACAUGGAAUGUACGAGCUCCAGCCAAGCCUGCACAGAUCAUCACGCCGCAUGGAAAGCAGCCCAAGGAUGGAAAAAAGCCAGAACCAUGCAAGCCUAUCCUGAAAGUGGAGUACAAAACAACAAGGGCUGGGGACCCGUUCAUGGUCCUGUCUGGAGGCCUGUCUUACGACACAGUGGGGAGGAGAGCCUGUCUGACCGUGAUGCAUGGGAAGAGCACUGCCGUCCUGGAGAUGGACUACCCCAUCGUAGAUUUCCUAACGCUGUGUGAAACUCCGUAUCCAAACGACUUUCAGGAGCCUUACGCCGUCGUGGUCCUCCUCGAGAAGGAUUUAGUUGUAAUAGACCUCGGACAGAUCGGGUACCCGAUAUUUGAGAAUCCGUAUCCUCUGACUAUCCACGAGUCGCCGGUGACCUGCUGCGAGUACUUCGCCGACUGCCCUGCUGAACUUAUCCCUGCACUUUACUCCGUCGGCAGCCGGCAAAAGAGACAAGGCUACAGCAAGAAGGAGUGGCCCGUCAGUGGAGGAAACUGGGGCCAAGGCACUCAGAGUUACCCAGAGAUCAUAGUCACCGGACAUGCUGAUGGGACGAUUAAAUUCUGGGAUGCCUCUGCAUUAAUGCUUCAAGUGCUGUACAAGCUGAAGACUGCCAAGGUGUUUGAGCGGGCCCGCGGUAAGGAGGAGAAACCAAGUACGGAUAUAGUAGAAGAGGACCCGUUUGCCAUCCAGACCCUGUCCUGGUGCCCUGAGAGCAGGAUGCUCUGCGUGGCCGGGGUGUCCGCCCACGUCAUCGUCUAUAGGUUCAGCAAACAAGAAGUCACCACUGAAGUUGUGCAGCUUUUGGAGGUGCGGAUGCAGUGCGAGUUUAGCGACGGAGACUCUCCUGAUCCAGGAGGGGAGCAGACCCCCACACCGCCCACCCCGGGAGCUUCCUCGAGCCCUCAGGAGAGCGAUCCUCUCCCUCAGCCAUCCACAGGCAGCAUCUCCUCCGACGGACCCCGGGACAACAUACCCUGCCUGCAGGUGCGGAGCUCCCCGCUGAAGCAGUCUCCGGGCUACCAGGUGGAGCUGGUGAUCCAGCUGGUGUGGGUGAGCGGGGAGCCUCCUCAGCCAAUCACCAGCCUGGCUAUCAACUCCUCCUACGGCCUCGUGGUGUUUGGAAACAGUAACGGUCUGGCUGUGGUGGACUACCUCCAGAAAACUCUCCUCGUCAACAUGGGCACAUCCGAGCUGUACAGCCCGUCUGACCCCUACCAGAGGCAGCCUCGCUCCCCGCGCAAACAACGGCAGCCCUCUGGAGCACUCUGCGACUCCAACGACGGGUCCAACGCCUCAGAGGACCGCUGCAAAUCACCAACUUCAGGAUCUACCUCACCUUGCAAUUCAGAUGACGAUCGCAAACAGAACUUCAUAGAGAAGGUGAAGUUCAAAAGCAGACGCUUUUCCAAGACGGUUGCCAAUGACUUUGCCAAGAUGUCGAGGAAAAUUAGCUCGUCUAGCGAGCAAAAGCCAGACCAUGAGGAGAGGUUCCGACGUCGGCGCUCUCUCGCGAGCAAGAAGCGCUUUUGUUAUGUGAAGGAAGGCAAGGCGCCGGCGCCGGCCGUGAUGAGCCUGAAGGAGGGCCUCUGUAGAUCUAUGUCAGCCCCUCCUGUGAGCUCCCAUGCCAAGGAUAACUCAUUCACCCGCUCGCGUAGCUCGAGCGUGACCAGCAUAGACCGAGAGUCUCGAGAGGCCAUCUCCUCCUUUCACUUCUGCGAGAGUUUCCCCAGGAAGACGGACAACCUGGUCAGCCCCUGUCUGCUGGUGGGAACCACGCAGGGCUCCGUGAUGAUGGUGGCCCUCAGCCUGCCGCCCGGUGGUGGGGACCAGAGGCUACAGCAGAUGGUUGGCAUCUCCUCCUGCGGCACGCUGGUCAGUCUCAAAGGAGGCAUUCUGACCAUGGCCCUGCUGGACGCCACUGGAGCUCUGCUGCCCCCUUCCUACGAGCCGUGGUAUGACCCGAACGCCUCGGACGAGGAGAAGGAGAAGGAGAAGAGCAGGAGGCGCAGGCCGGCCUCCCCUCCCGCGUCACAAGAGGGUCAAGAGGGCCAGUUUGCCGUGCUGUGUUCGGAGAAGCAGGCCAAGGUGGUCGCCAUGCCCUCCCAAACGCGCAUCUACAAACACAACAUCACGGAGACCUCCUUCGUGCUGAGGGCCGACGUCGUGCAGAUGGCCGGAGCGAACUGCAUCGCCUGUUUCUGCGCUAACGGGCACAUCAUGACUCUGAGUUUACCCAGUCUAAGGCCUCUGCUGGACGUGAACUACCUGCCGCUGACAGACAUGCGUAUAGCCAGAACGUUCUGCUUCUCUAACCUGGGUCAGGCCCUAUACCUCACCUCCGCCACCGAGAUCCAGAGGAUCACGUACAGCCAGGAGACCUGCGAUAACCUGCAGGAGAUGCUCAGUGAGUUAUUUACCCCUGUGGAGACACCAGAGGCUCCUAACAGAGGUUUCUUCAAAGGCCUUUUUGGUGGAGGAGCUCAGUCUCUGGACAGGGAGGACCUCUUUGGCGAAACAGCUGCUGGCAAGGCCUCCCGUAGCCUGGCCCAACACAUCCCCGGCCCAGGCGGCAUGGAGGGAAUGAAAGGCGCAGCCUCCGGGGUCGUGGGAGACCUGGCCCGCGCUCGGAUAGCUCUGGACGAGAGAGGGCAGAAACUAGGCGAGCUGGAGGAACGAACGGCAGCCAUGAUGGCCAGCGCGGAGUCCUUUUCCAAACAUGCUCAUGAUAUGAUGCUGAAGUACAAAGAUAAGAAGUGGUACCAGCUCUGAUAGUGUGUGGAGCAUCAGACUCUGUAAUCAUGCAAACACCAGUGUCUCUUAGGAGCUGCAGGUCCCCUCUUCUUCUCUUCUCCGUCUCUCUCUCCACGGGGCAGGUUCUGCUCAACAAGACUCAUGCUUUUAUUCUCAGCACAAUAUCACACACUCUGCAUUUACCUCAGUCACCGGAGGACUGCCGCGGAGUAGACGCUGGCCGACCCCCCCACCCCACCCCCAACGUAACGAGAACGGAAAGGAAUGGAUGAAGAGAAGCCCUUUAGGAAUCUCUCUUUCCAUUUCACUUUCGAGAGCGGCGACGUUCACGAUCAGUCCGCAGAACGAGGAGAGAGGGGGGGGGGCUUACGUAUCCCAUCAGUCAUGCACUCAUAUAUAUCUCAUAUAUAUAUCUACACACCCUGCUGUUUUGUUCUGAAAGAGGAAAGACAAUUCUGCAAAACACGUACUUGUGGAGGCCUGAUUGUUCUCUUUUCCUUUCUCUGCCCUUUACGGUGUCGCUGCCAAACACAGUGGACCUGAAAUGAGGAGAAAAGUCUGAUGACCCCCUUUGUCCUUGAAAUCUAAUCAAGUCAAUGAAGAUGUAAGUUUGAAUCAGUGAUGGACUUGUUUAUGUUCGUUUCUUAUUUUUUAGAAGUUCUUUUCUUUUGUUAGUCCAGAAUGGGCCUUUUUUUUCGAGCACUUCAAACCGUAGAGAAUUAGACGGGGAGAUGAUGAAUCUUGUUGCCUCUCACCGAAUAAGGGCUGGUAGUGUCGCUAGUUCCAUCACCGACCAUUGCUUUUUCUUUUUUUACAGCGUUUUUUUCCAAACCAAGUUUGUUUUAACGGCGUGUUUUCUGAGAGUUUAAUUUAAAUUAGAUUAUUUAUUUGGAACAGUAUAAUAGAUAUGAAGUGAAAUAAGUUUGUACGUCGGGCAUUAAAUUAUAUAUAUAUAUAUUUUUUUUUCCAUUUUGUCAAGUAAACACGCAAAAAAAAGUGCUGAAAAUGUUUACGCCCCCCCCCUCUCCCGAUGAAGAGUUUACAUUGAUCUAUUAGAAAAAUUAAUAGUUGAUACACUGGAAAAAACAAACCCUGAAGUUGUUCUUCUAGUUUUCGAGGGGCUGUAGCUACAUGGGAGAAGGACAAGUUGAAGAUUAUUAGCAUAAAUGUAUAUUUUGGUUACAAUUUUAUGUUUUUUUUUGUGUGUGAUAAAGAUUCUAUCUAAACAUGGUUAUUCAGAUUUCUUUUUGGCAUUUUUGUCACGGCUGAAGUUGAUUUAUUUUUAUUUUUUUUCAUUUCUCUGUUCGUAGGGGGGGGGGGAAAGCAUGUGUGUCUCUUACAGCACAAAAGAAAUGUCUUUGUAUUCGUAGCUGCCAGUAGAAAUGACCGAGCACCACAGAGAUCCGCGCAGUGCCAUUGGUCAUCUCACUUAAAGAAACUGUUUCUCUUCUGCCUUUGCCUCAUGACGCAUAUAUGCUAACCUCUACCUAUGUGUAUGUCUGUGUGUCUGUGUGUUUGUGAACAUACAUAUAUUCAGGAAUAUGUGUAUGGGCGCCAAUAUUUAUAAUGCUACAUAGAUACAGUGUAUUACAAUAGGUCUUUUUUUGAGGUUUUUGUUUUUGCUUGACGUGUUUUUUCAAUGUGAUUAACUAGAGUUCUCUUGUAAUUAGAUUUCUUUUUUUUCCAUGAAGGUGCGAGGAAUACGCUGCUAUUUGUGUCAAUGUUGGGAAGCAUUACCUGUUCUGGUCUUUUUAUUUUUUUUUAUUUUGAAAAAGAGAGACAAAGACUUUGUCAGGUCCAGAUCGCUGCCAAAUGUUGUAAUUAACAGGACAGCUUGGACACAAAUCUGAUAGUGCAGGUUCAGGCAACGUGACAUACUGUAAGGCUCGCAGGCCGUGUUCUUUUCCCGACACCAAAGAGUUGCUUAAUUUCACAGAGUUGUCUUGAUUUUUUUUUCUUUCCCCCAUCCGAAAACGUUAAGAGUCGGUCUGGAUACCUUGAUCAGACGGCACUCUUUAAGAAGUCUACUGUGGCUGAGGGAUGAGAUAUGACGGGGGGCGUUAAUAGAUCCUCAUUACCCAAACUGCUGUACACGCGUUCAGAGGACAGGCAAAGUGAAUUUGAAGAGUUUCAUUCCAAAAUGAGAUAUCCACCAAAGAAAAUCACAGGACUCAUGGAAAACGAUCGCAGGCAUGAAGUAAAAAAUAGACGUUUUUUCAUCCAUUUUCUUCGAUUUUUAGAGUAUUAAAUCACGUAUAUACGUAGGAGAAGCACCAAAAAUGUUUUUUAUCCAAGAUUGGAUAUGCAGCAUUUUGGAAUAACACCCUUCACGUUAAGCUGGCUGAUUUUAAUCUACUGUAUACUACUGAGAUAAACCCAUUUCAAAGAGCAGUUAUGUGGGUUUUGCACUAUUUUUUGUAC